AUGUUCUACAUCCAUGGAGGUGGCUUCAUGAUGGAUUCCGCUGUGCGAUACAAGCCUGAGAAUAUGGCACGAUUGAUCGUAAGCCAAGAAGUUAUCAUCGUCACCAUUCAGUACCGGCUUGGUUAUCUGGGCUAUUUUUGCACGGGGGACGGUGUCGCCAAAGGCAACUACGGUCUUUGGGAUCAGCUUGAGGCCCUGAAAUGGACCAAAGAAAACAUCCACCAUUUCGGUGGGGAUCCGAAUCGGAUUACGGUAGCAGGACAGAGUGCUGGAGCCGUCUCAGCCGACCUGCUCUCGAUUUCGCCCCUCUCUCGCGGCAUGUUUAAUCGAAAAAUUGUCAUGGGCGGAAAUUCCUUCUGUUAUUGGGCCACCACCACAAAGGAGAAGUGUGCUGAAUAUUGCCGGCAGAAAGCGCUCAAACUUGGCUGGAAACCUCGACCGGAAGGAUAUCACUCGAAGGAGGAGGAAAGCCAAGACAUCCUGGAUUUUAUGCGAACAGUGCCGGCUCGAAGGCUAGGCAUGCAUAUGGUCGGCAAUGAUGUGUUCUUCAAUGAAGCUCGACUUCCGCUGGCGCCUGUGAUUGACGGCGAAAUUCUCCCGAAAGCGAUUCCUGAACUUCGCGCCGAAGCGCCUCCGAUGGAAUCGCUUACCGGCGUCGGACGGCAGGAAUCCUUUCUAUUCAUGGCUCUGGGAGCAAUUAGAGGCACUGGCAAGGAUAUGGACAGACUCGUUCACGAAUUUGCUCGUCAAAAUCAACUGCAUGUCACCGAGGUGGAGGAAUUGGUCGAGCGAGUCUAUGGAAAUCUCGACGAACUGCGUCGAGAUCGAAAAGCCAUGCAAGACGCAUACAGCACG